CGCGGGGCUUCCUGCCGGAGCGAACACGCGGUUCCCUUCCGCGAGCCGUCAGUGCAGGCCUUUAAACUACGCCCACACCCCGCGAUCCGCGACUCACCCCGCUUUCAGCACACCCCGAACCCACGCGACGCGAGACGGACUGACGGAACCCGUCACACAUCAGCGCCCGCGCUUCCGGAACACCAACCGACAGCCGCAUCUCGCAGUACGGGUCAUGACGCUGGAAGCGAUCCGGUACCGGUCCGGGUCUCUGCAGAUCCUCAAUCAGCUGCUGCUGCCGCGGGAAACCGUGUACGACGAGAUCCGCUCGGUGCGGGACGGAUAUGAGGCCAUCAAGAGCAUGAAGGUGCGCGGCGCUCCUGCCAUUGCCAUCGUGGGCUGUCUGAGUCUGGCAGUGGAGCUGCGGGCGGGCGCCGGUGCUGAAGACCUGGUCUCCUUCGUCAGGGACUCCCUGUGCCACCUGACCUCCGCACGGCCCACCGCCGUCAACAUGGGCAGAGCCGCGCGAGAACUCAUGGAGUUCACUGAGAACGAAAGCAUGGAGAAGAACACAGAGCAGCUCCGAGACAGCGUGAUUGGCUGGAUCGAGGAGAUGCUAGAGCGAGAUGUGAACGACAACAAGAAAAUCGGCAACUAUGGAGCGCAGCACAUUCUGUCUGGCGUCCCGCGAGACUCGGUCACCAUCCUCACACACUGCAACACCGGCAGCCUCGCCACCGCCGGAUACGGCACAGCGCUCGGAGUGGUGCGGUCGCUGCACAUGCUGGGCCGGUUGAAGCGUUUGUACUGCACAGAGACGAGGCCCUACAACCAGGGGGCCCGACUGACGGCGUACGAGGCCGUGGCUGAAGGCUUUCCAGCAACACUCAUCACAGACAGCAUGGCGGCACUCACGAUGAGGGAGAAGAGCAUCACAGCUGUCGUCGUUGGAGCGGACAGAGUCGUUGCAAAUGGUGACACGGCGAAUAAAGUGGGCACGUAUCAGCUGGCCAUCGCCGCUAAGCAUCAUGGGAUACCGUUUUACGUGGCAGCGCCGAGCACGUCCUGCGACCUGAGCCUAGAGAGCGGACGAGACAUCGUGAUUGAGGAGCGUCCCGCGGAAGAGCUGACCAGCAUCAACGGAGUCCCUGUAGCUGCACCGGGUAUUGACGUUUGGAACCCGGCGUUCGAUGUCACUCCUCAUCAGCUGAUCACAGGCGGCAUCAUCACAGAGCUCGGUGUGUUUCUGCCGUCUGAACUGCAGGCGGCUCUAACCGGGAGACUCACGGCUCUGUGAGGUCCACAGCGCCCCCGCAGGCCUGGAGGAACCACUGCAGCCGCUCCACCGCUCGCCUCCGUCUCGAUUUCACCUCACCGCGGUGGAAGUUGCACCUUUAAUUACACACACACAAGCAUCGCACGAGGUGUUUAACAAGGUAUACGCACGUUCCAUUCAGUUCAACACUUACAAAGUCGAGUGUAAAAACACCAAGUGACACACAACCCAGGGAUGCUUGUAAACACACAAACACACACUCUUUCUCCUUCUCUCUGUGUGUACAGCUCAUGUCACAUCAUCUCAUGUCUUUCGUCUUCAUCGUUGUGAGAACUUCACGCCAUUUGUUGCUUUUGUUUUCCACUCAUUUCUUCCCCUCUUUCUGGCUCAGCUCCAGCUUUUAUUGACAGGAAGUGUUUCACGGAGAUGAUGAAGAGCGGAGCCGUCGAGAACAUUCAGAGGAUUUCAAAAUAAAAGUUGAUUAUUACGGGUGAACUGAUGUGCUUUAAGGGGAAAUCUCACAAAGACAAACCCGUUCAGAAGAUACCCGGGUCAAAUCUCACCCCAAAAUCAAAUAAAAAUAAAAACUAAGCUUAUUGUAGGAUUGUUUAUGACUUGAUAUUCUCAGUACUGUGAUACAAAUGCAUUUAAACUAAGCACUUAUACCAUACUUUAGGUUAAAAGUAUUGUAUAAAGUCAUCUUUUGUUACAAUAGUAUUGACUUACAGUAUUUUUUUACUGUAAAAUCAUGCAAGUAAUACUAUAUUACUUUAUAACUAAUACUAUAAAGUAAUACUAUGCUACAGCAAUAAUUAUCUUUAAAAAAUUAAAAAUAACUAUUAAAUUACUGUGAACUGCUCAUUUAUCUAAUAUACCCUAUAAUAAAACUAUUUUUGAGCAAAGAAACGUAAAAAAUAAUAUUAAAAGUAACAUUUAUGAUGUUGAAUUUAACGCUGUAUUUGUUUUUGCAACAAGUAUAUAUUAGAAUUUAAUAAUUUCAUGUCUAAAAGCUUACAUUUAGGCUUUGACAUAACAAGAAAAAAUUUGGAUAACAUUAAGAAAAUAAAUUAGAGGCAUUUUAAAUUAUAGUUAAAGCACUGUUUUUAAUCAAAUAAAUGCAGCCUCAACAACCGUACGAUUUUGUACUGUUUCUUUGUGUUGUAUUACUUUAAUGAUAUUUUGCAUUGCAGUAGUGAGAAUUUUCAUAAUCAAACGUCAUGUGGCAUAUCUAUUUUUAUUUGAUUUUGAGGUGACGUUUAAAUGAGACUUUCCCUUACAGGUAUGGUAGUUUAUUAGUUACAAUAAUAAUAGAUAUGUGAAAUCUACGCCCAUUUGAAAUGAGGGCUGUAUUUUAAUGUAUAUAUUGUACGAUUUAUGAAUCUGAGCGCCGGUCCUUUUACAGGCAGUGCCAACUGAAUAAACUAUCAAAUGUUACAGAAUUAAAAUGUUAUAUUAACAUUUAGAGAGAAUUGAAACCUGCAUCCAAGCAAAAAAAAUGAUUGAGUAUUAGCAGACAGUUUAUGUUUUUGAGUUUUGCGAGUAAAUACAGUGUGUUGGUCAAAAUCAUUUCGACCAGGUCGAUCAGUCUUAAACGUUAAAGUGUUUUAAACUUCAAGGUUUAUCUCGAGCUUUACUGACAGAAAAAGGGAAAUUAAUCGAAAUUAUUUUGUAGGAGACAAAAUGUUGAAUACUUAAUUCUGAUUGGCUGCUGAACAUUCUAAGGCGCAUUCUGAAGGGUUCUGUGACUGUUGAAUGCUUAAUUCUGAUUGGCUGCUUGGCAUUCAAAGAUGCAUUCUAAAGCAUUCUGAGACUAUUGAAUGCUUCUGAUUGGCUGCUGAGCAUUCUAAGAUGUGCCUUUAUUUUCAGAUAAAUGCACAGCUAAAGUGGUUCCGGCAGGUUUUGAGCAGUUCUAUAUCACUACACUGAAUGAUAUCAGUUAUUUCACAGCUUCAACACUCAAACGUCAUAUUGUGUUUGGACUCUCAGUAGUGAUUUAAACCACACUGAACUGGCUAAACAACUGAAUUUAAACACUAAAAACUGAACUACACUGUUCCAAUUUACUAUGACCUUUUAUGUGAAGCUGCUUUGACACAAUCUACAUUGUAUAAGCGCUAUACAAAUAAAGGUGAAUUGAAUCAUAUCAAAACACAACAAAGAGCUUUUGAAAGAAACUAGUACCACACACAGGAGCAGUUUGAGGACAAAAACCUGACAAAUAACUGAAAUACAACAUUUGAACAGUGUAUUUAGGUGUGGAAACCAGAGUGUAAGCAAAAAAUUGAGUCCAGUCUGUUGAAAUAUUAGAAAAUAAUUCGCAUUUCGAAUAUUUGAAUGGAAUAAUAAACUAGUCCUUCACACAGGAGCAGUUUGAUGACAAAAACCUGACAAAUGUCUUGAAAUGUAACAUUUGAACAUUUAAACGUGGUAGUCGUAGUAAGCGUAAUAAUUAUCUUCGGUCAGUUGAGUUAUUAAAAAAUAAGGCACACCCAUGAUGAAAAGUCAUGACCGCAUCACUGCCUCAGGUGUGCAUUAUUUUUUAAAAAUAUUUUUAAUGGAAUAAGAAGCUAGUCCUAAACACAAGAGUAAAAACCUGACCAAAAUUUGACCAGAACCUGACAAAUGUCUUGAAAUGUAACAUCUGAACAGUGUUUUUAGUCGUGGUAAUCGUAUAAGCGCAAUAAUUGACUCAGCUCGGUUUAAAUGUUUGAAAAUAACGCACACCCAAAAUUUAACGGUCACUUCAACGGCCGUUUAUCUAUUUAAAAAGCAACGUAAAGUCACAGAUGCUCAAUUUAAACUUACGAUAUUCCUUUUAAAUCUGUCUUUCGGUAGAUGUUUUUGAUCAAGGUGAAUGGAAAUGGUGCUAUGGAGCUAGAUGUUAGACAAUACCUCAGAAGAGAUCCCAAACUCCUCUAGUACUUCCACUUUCACGCUGUUUUCCAUCGUAGUUUCUGUGUCAUAUUUAUUCACACACGAUCGCAUUUGAGCCUGGGUGCGCGUUGACAUGCGCGCUGAUCCCGGGUCAGAAUUCGGCUGACCCGCGGAGUGCGUAUUUGGGCGCUGAUCUGAUCCGGGAUCAGCGAGCGUGUGUCUGGGCUUGUGCUCCGUGUUACCGAAUGUAAUGAGGAGGUCUGAAAUCCUCACUGCCUUACGAGACCAGCAAAAACACCCCGCCCACUGAUGUCCGAUUGGCUGAAUGAAACGGAGCCACGCCCACUUGUCAGAAAGCAGCGCGCCACCAACGGCUCUCAGCAUCCCGAGCAUAUAAAAACAAGGCGAUCUCAAUCAUUUUCACUAGAUGAUCGUAUGUAUUAAAGGGAUAGUUCACUCAGAAAUAUUAAAUCAAUCAUUUACUCACUCUUGUUUUUUUUCUUAUGUUGAGCACAAAAGAAGAUAUUUUGAAGUAUGUUGUAAACCAUCGACUUUGAUAUUUGUUUUUCCUACUAUGGAAGUCAGUGGGUGUUUUAGCUUUCGUCAGAAUAUCUUCUUUAGUGUUAAAUAAAAGACUCGUAAAUGUUUAUAACCACCUGAGAGUGAGUAGUAAUGUGUAUAUUUUAAUUUCUGACAGAACUAUGCCUUUAAUUAAUGAAUAAAAAAAACACAUGGAAAUGAAUGCACAUUUAUUUUUACAAUUUCAUCUGUUUUGAUUGAACAAAAUAAUGUAGCAUCAAACACAUAGAGCAGCUGUAAAUGUAUACAAUUGUUUCUUAUGUUAAAAUACAGCAUCAUACAGCUCAAUUUUGUUUUGCCAAAUUUCUUAUUAUUUGUAUUAUUUUGUAGGACCAGAACUAUGAAUAGGGAAGAUGGAAAGAGUCAUUAUUAAGGCAAAUGUAGCAUCAUUCGAGGUCAUUCAUGUGUGUGGGUUUGUAAUAUUCUGAAGGUACAAAGUUUGUUUUUUCACUUCUUCAUGUUGAUUAUUUGUUUUAUGUAUAUCUAUACACUGUAUAUCCAUGAAUUGUGAUUCUUGGUGAUGAAACUGUUGUUUAAAAGCUUUCAUUGAGAGGCCCUCUAUAGACGCAACACACCACUCGACAACUAAAACCAAUGCUAGAUCAGAUCUGCAAGUUAGCCAAAACAUUUAGAGACCAAUGCUGCGUCCCAAUUCGCAUACUAUCCGUCCUGAGUAAUAUUUGAAAAUAGAAUUAGUCUCAAAUCGUAAUAUAUGUUGAAAAUAUGCUACAAUUUUGUAAAACAUUCAAAUCCAAUAGAUGACAAGCUGGAAAUCAUUAGCUGAAAAGGUGUAAUGGCUAAUGCUAACACUAGUAUGUGAGGAAAUGGACCAGAGGCCGUUUUGUUUUAAUGGAAGUCAAUGGAGGAGAGGUGUCACUACACAGAAUAAACAGCUUUUGCUAGGAAACAACUUGUCAUUUAAUCAAUCGAAAGCCUGUUCGCUAAUCUUCUACAUUUUUUACACUAAACAACACGUUCAUGGUGAAUCAAAUGUAUAUUUUACUGAAGUAAAAAAAAUUUUUUUUAAGAGAACCCAGGGUAGGAAAGCAAGCAUCAGCUAGAUCUAUUAACAGUGAAUGCUGACCAACAGGGGCGUAGUUAGUGGGGAGGGGAAGGGUGACAGUGCAUAGGGCCCUGUCAAUAUAGGGGUUACGGGGGGGGGGCCCAGAGAUACAUCUGACAACUAAUAUCACUAUCACUCCCCCUGUUCUUCACUUUAGAGAUCGCUAACAUAACUAUCAUACCCCCCCCAUUCUACACUUUGAAGAUCGUAACGUCACUAUCAUACCCCCCCCCCUAUUCGUCACUUUGUAGAUCACUGACGUCACUAUCAUACCCCCCCGUUCGUCACUUUGAAGAUCGCUAAAGUCACCAUCAUACCCCUCCCCCCAUUCGUCACUUUGAAGUUCGCUAACAUGCUAUCAUACCCCCUCGUUCUUCACUUUGGAGUUUUCUAACGUCACCAUCAUACCCCCCCAUUCGUCACUUUGAAGAUCGCUAACGUCACUAUCAUACCCCCAAUUCGUCACUUUGAAGAUCGCUAACGUCACUAUCAUACCCUCCGUUCGUCACUUAGAAGAUCGCUAAAGUCACUAUCAUACCCCCCCCCCAUUCGUCACUUUGAAGAUCGCUAACAUGCUAUUAUACCCCCUCGUUCUUCACUUUGGUGUUUGGUAACGUCACUAUCAUACCCCCCCCCACCCCCCCCCCCCCCAUUUGUCACGUUGAAGAUCGCUAACGUCACUAUCAUACCCCCCUAUUUGUCACUUUGAAAAUCGCUAACGUCACUAUCAUACCCCCUUGUUCUUCACUUUGGAGCACGCUUACGUCACUAUCAUACCCCCCCGCUCUUCACUUUGAAAAUCGCUAACGUCACUGUCAUAGGCCCCCCACCUGGUCUACACUUCUCCGUUGGGGGGCCAUCUUAAAUUACUUGUGCAUAUGGCCCAAAAUUGCUGGCAACGGCCCUGUUGAUCAGUGACAUUAAUGCAGUUACUUGAUUGCAGAGGUGCCUUGUGGAAUUCCUGUUAGCCGUUAUGCUUUUUUCAAUAGUGAGUAAUACACAUUUCCAUCUCCAUAUAGUUUAGAAAACCUCUGGAACCGUCCGUACUCCAACUGCUAAUAUUGCCCACUAUACAUUGCUUGUUGGACAUGAAUUCGAUUAAAACUACAAACUCACGUAAAAAGUGUAAACAAACUACAAACAUGGCUGACACAUGAGACCAACCGUCAAGUACAGAUAAAGAUGCUUGAAUGACUAUUAAUUAAUUUCUAGUCAACUGGAAGGUAUUUAAAGCAGGUUUUCCGUGUUAUAUUUCAUCUGCAACAACAAUGUGAACUUCUAUAAAGACGAAAUUAACUUCUGAAUGCACAAUUAUGCAAACACCUGAGGAGAUUUCUUCAUAUCAGACUCGUGAAUGGCAGAUUAACCUGGAUCUGCUGAAUCUCCAAUACUGUAGGUAAUUAAAUAUGGAAUAAAUAUGGAAGAUGUGUGGAGAUGAUUGACAGAGGAUGUAAUUAAGCACUCCGCAAAAAAGUACUUCCUUUUAGGGCGUUGUAGCCUAUAAGUGUGCGAAUUGGGAUGCAGCACAAAUUUGAAGUCUCUUGCUUUAAAUCAAGCUGUAUUCAGACAUUUAUUCUAACACAAAAACAUAAUACGCAUCAGAGAGAGCUAGCAGAUAGUAACGUUUUCAUCUUCUCCACCAAACAAUCUGAACACAAGACGGCUAGUUGCAUGCGUAGCGUCAAGCUAAUAAACGAGCUCAUGAGUUUUCCAUGUGCUUUAGUGAGCUGAGAGGAUUUUCUCCUAAACUCUGGUGCCAAAAAAACCACAAUGUGACUCUCUGUGUGUGUGUUUGGUGGUCAAAGUCGGUCUCAGAGGACCUCUACGUGUUUCUGUUCGUUCUCGUGCUUAUUAAUUGAUAAAUCACAGCCGGGUUUGAUUUUUGUAUUCUGUGGAAGUAGUUGGAGAAAAACAAAAACUAUUAGACUGGAUGUUUUUUAUACAUAUGAAUAUAAUAUACAGCAUACAUAAAUUAAGAGAUGUCUGUUUCACAUCAGUACAAUAAACAGAGAGAACCAA